AUGUCUGGCAGACUUCGUCUCUACAAGGAGAAGCUGGAGGGCUACAACCGCUUCCACUCCAUCGUAAAGACAAUCAAGAUGGUGACAAUGGCCAAGUUCCGCCAGGCGCAAGUGCGAAUAAAGACGCGUGACUACACACUUCGCUACACCGAGAAGGCUUUUAGCAAGCCGGGUCAGCUUGUUGGGGACUCGCUGCAGGCAAAGACGGUCUACAUCCCUGUCAUGACGAACCGUGGCUCGUGCGGCGCUCUCAAUAGCAACGUCGUGAAGAUGAUCGACAGCGUUGCCUCUAGCCGCGCUUACCUCAUGCCUCUCGGCAAGAGGGGUAUCGAGUCACUCUCAAAGCUGUACCCGUCCUCCUUCCGCAUGGGCAUCAUAAACGACAUGCAUGAACCGAUGCACUUCGCGUACGCCACGUACAUCUGGGAGAACGCGCAGCAGCUGUGCCCCGAGGCCGACCGCAUCCAUGUCAUUUUUCACCGCUGUGUGAGCGCUGCUUCUCAGAAGCAGUGCUACUACAACAUCCCCGCCUAUGAUAAGUGGAAGGAGGAUCUGGUUGACGCGUCCAGCACAGAGAACCAAAGGAGUCGGUAUCUCUUCGCUAACACUCUGCUGAACGAGGACGAGCAGAUGAUUCGCGACUUCUACGACUUCCACGCGACCUUGGCCAUCCUGAACGCUGUGUGCGAGAACGAACUCUCGGAGCAGGCCGCACGUCUGGUUGCUGUGGAGGGUCAGCUGUCCAACAUCAGCGCGCUGCAGCAGAAGACCAGCUCCUUGUACAACAAGACUCGCCAGAGCAGCAUUACCUCGUCACUGAUCGAGAUUAUCUCAGCCAUGACGUCGCUCGAGGGCAACGCAGCAAAGGGUGUGCAGCGGACGAACUUCUGGGAGGGUGCGCGCGUGAGGUAA